GGUAAUUGAAACCAACCCUAAGCUCUUUUUAUCUCCGCUCUAAAGAUGUGAAUUGGAUAAGUUCCGAGCCUUGUGCAUUUGUGGGAUCUUCUCACGAGUGCACGGCGUCUGUCGCCCCUCGAAUUCGGGUUUUGGGGCGUGACAGAUUUAGUGGUAUCAGAGCUUAGGUUUAAUUAAGAUUUUGUGAUGUUAGAGUCUAGGUUUAAUUAAAUACCUAGGAUUUGUUUUGGUUUUGGCUAGCCAAUGGAUCUUAGAACCGUGGUGAGACAAGUGAUGGGGUUAGACAAGGGACGAUUUUGAUUGUAAAGGUUGGUGAAAUUGAUCUAGUUCUGGAACUUUUAGUUUGGAUGAUAAACUGAGCUGAUAAUGAUAAAUCUGGAAUUUGUGUUCGGGGAUUUUAAUGCUCUGUUGGUAAAAAUUCUUGCAAAAUUGAUUGACUUAGUUUUAUGGUUCCUUGUGUCAUUGUAUCUUCUAAGGAUGUGAUAUUGUGCUUAGGCUCAAAUCUGUUUUGCGUUGAGGCUUACAGUUUUGGGUGUAUGAUGAAGAGGGACUCUAAGCUUUUCAGCUCCUCCCCUCUUCCUUCCACUUCUGAGAUCAUUUCCAAUUCGUGAUACUUUUGUUCUCUAAAUCUCCAGUUCCCUUCAGUUUUUGGAGUUGUUGAUGAUUUUAGUGUCUGUGUGAAUCUGCUUGUAAGCUUCUGUUUUAGAUUUAAAAUAAGUUAUUUUGCAUUCGUAAUGGAAAGGAGAUAGUGUGAAACACGAGUGAAAUUUUCCUGCUAAAUAGUCUACCAAAUAUUUUUGCCUAGACUUGCUUCUAGAUGUCCAUACCUGAAGUUGCUGUUUUUGAGCUCAUUUCUGCGUUGUUCUAGGUGUGUUUAAGGCUAAUUGUUCCUUUGUGUUGGUCUUAAAUUGUCAUGGAAUUUAUACUAAACUCUGGUUUGGAAC